CUAGAUCAGCCUCGACUCUCUUCGCUCUGUCGGUUCUCUCUCAUCCUCUCUGCAAGUCGGUGGCCGCAAUCCUUACCCAAAUCCCCCUUCUGUCCUAAAAUUUCUCUGAUCCUCCGUUUUUUUAUCCCUGGGUUUUCAUUUUCUUGGGUUUUAGCUUCAGGGUAGCAGAGUUUAAGCUCUAGAUUGUAGUGGUUUCUGCUGGCUGUUUUGCAUAUUUUCUGGGUGUGGUUUUGCGUUUUUGUAUCUGGGUUUUGCUCAGUUCUUCCCAGGGUUUUGCUUUGUCCAGGUUACUGAGUGUGAUCUUUGUAGUUUGGGUGUGAUCGGGUUGUUUUUUGGAAGAGCCGAGUUCGUGAUUUGGCUUGGAAGACUAAAUUUCGUCUGGGUUUGCCUCCGAUCAUCUAAUCACCUGAUCUAAUGGCGGAUCUUAGUGAUCGAGGAUCAGAAUCUGAAGAGAUGAAUAACCAAGCACAAACCCCUGAGUCAGAGACAAGUACCCAGAUCAAAACAUGCGCUGAUUGUGGAACCACCAAGACCCCUCUAUGGAGAGGCGGCCCAGCAGGCCCUAAGUCGCUUUGCAAUGCUUGUGGGAUAAGAAGCAGGAAAAAGAGGAGAGCCCUUCUGGGUCUGAACAAAGAUGACAAGAAAUCGAAGAAGGCGGCAGCAGCAGCAGCAGGGAACAAGAACCAUCAAAACAGCAGCAAUAACAGUGGAACCACAAGCGAUAGCGGGAGUAGCAGCGGCGCGAAGAGCGGGGUCCCACAGGCGCUGAGGAGAAAAUUGGUGCCGCCGUUUGGGAUUGGGAGAGAAGUGGCGCUGCAGAGACCAAGAUCGCAGCAGCAGAGGAGGAAGCUUGGGGAAGUAGAGCGUGCGGCUUUUGUGUUGAUGUCUCUGUCUUGUGGCUCUGUUUAUGCCUAGGAUUGAACUAGUAGUGUAUGAGUGAGUGUAGUUAGAUGAGUAGAAACCCAGAAAACAAAAAGGGCAAAAAGAUCUCUAGUUGAGAUGGCUCUUUCAAAUGUAUGAGAUCAGAUCCAAUCCAAUCAUGUAAUUCCCCAAGCUGAUUAAUUUAUUGAAAUUUAUUUAGUUUGGUAUCAUCA